AUGAGAAGUCUCGAAGAACUAUAUGAAAAGACAGAGGAAAUUCAAGUAGAUCCACAAGAAUUACUACUUGCUGAAGAAGAACCAAAGAAUUACAAGGAGGCAUCUAAUGACAGAAAGUGGAUUGAAGCAAUGAAGGUUGAGUUAGAUUCGAUAAACAAGAACACCACUUGGAAAUUGACAGAGUUGCCAAGAGAUCACAAGGCAAUAGGUUUAAAGUGGGUAUUCAAGACUAAGAAAGAUGCAAACGGAAACGUGUUCAGACACAAAGCAAGGCUGGUAGAAAAAGGAUAUGUUCAGCAACACAGAAUAGACUUUGACGAAGUCUUUGCACCAGUAGCACGCAUGGAGACAGUUCGACUAAUGUUGGCUUUGGCAGCAUAUUAA